GCUUAGGACAUUGUGAUUGCUUCCUUUCUUUGGCUUUCAUUUCCACAUGAAAACCCUACAAAACUUCCCUUCACAAUAAAUCUAAUUCUCUCUCACCACACCAACAACUUAAACAAUAACCUCUUAAAACAUGGCAUUGAGUAACAAUGUCAUUGCAGCCAUCAACUUCAUUGCCUUGAUUCUCUCGAUUCCUGUCAUCGGUGCAGGCAUCUGGCUUGCAACCGAACCUGACAAUGCUUGUGUCCAGGUUUUGCAAUGGCCGGUCAUUAUUCUUGGCAUCGUCAUCUUUCUAGUAGCUUUGGCAGGUUUCAUUGGAGCGUUCUGGAGAGUUUCGUGGCUUCUAAUGUUCUACCUUAUUGCUAUGCUUGUUCUCAUAAUUCUACUCGGUAGCUUGAUUAUCUUUGUGUUUUCGGUCACGAUGAGAGGAUCUGGACACGCUGAACCGAGCCGAGCUUACUUGGAAUAUCACCUUGACGAGUUCUCGCUUUGGCUCCAAAGAAGGGUUAGAAGCUCUCACAAAUGGGAAAGAAUUAGAAAUUGCCUUAGUUCUUCAACUACAUGUGCUGAGUUGAACCAAAACUAUAGAUUUGCUCAAGAUUUCUUCAAUGCCCACAUCACUCCUUUUCAGUCAGGGUGUUGCAAGCCACCAACAGAUUGCGGUUUCACGUUUGUAAACCCAACGUACUGGAUCAGUCCAAUUAGCAACGGAGCGAGUAUGGAUUGCUCGAAAUGGAGCAACGAGCAAACGGAGCUAUGUUAUGGAUGUGAUUCAUGUAAAGCAGGUCUACUAGCAAACCUAAAGGAAGAAUGGAGAAAUGCAGACAUAAUUCUAUUAGUUUCAUUUGUGGGUCUCAUUUUUGUGUAUUUGUUGGCUUUCAUUGCUUUGAAAAAUGCCAAUUCUGAGCAACUUUUCCGAAGGCACAAGCAAGGUUAUGUCUAACACUCUCAAGACAUCAACACACACACAAACCCUUAACCUUUUACUUUAUUUCAUUUAGUUUGCUUUCUUUCUUUCUUUUGAGGUUUACGAUAGACACGUUAAUGUUGAAUCCUUUGAUUUUUUUAGAAACGAGGAUGGGUUUUUGUUAAUAUUGACUUCUUUACAUUGAUCGUUUGAUUUGUGAAAGUAUCAAUGAAAAUGAGAUAUAUUAUUUCUUGAUUAUAAAAAAAAAA